AUGACAAAGAUUAUACUGCGAACCAAAUCUGCUCUUCAAUCUCUCCGAUGUAUAGUUGCUCAUGUGGAUCAUGGGAAGAGCACAUUGGCUGAUCGGCUUUUAGAGUUGGCAGGUGUUGUGAAGCCUGGGGAGCAGAGAAAUCAAAUGCUUGACCGCUUACCUGUGGAGCGAGAGAGGGGAAUAACGGUUAAGGCUCAGACUGUUGCUCUACCGUAUAAGGAUUACUUACUAAAUCUGAUUGAUACGCCUCUGGUCAUGCUGAUUUCUCAGCAGAAGUAUUUCGAUCUCUCGCCGUUUGCGACGGAAUUCUGCUCGUGGUGGCAGCAAAUCAAGGAGUUCAGGCACAAAAAGUGUCUCAGUAGUUCCUGCGUAUUAUGGCGUUUUCAGACCAUCGCCAACUUUUGGCUUGCCUUCGAGAAGAAUAUCCAAAUGAUUCCAGUCAUCAAUAAGAUUGAUCUUAGCGGGGCUGAUGUGCCAAAGGUAGAGAACCAGCUGAAGAAUUUGUUCGAGUUUGAUCCUAGUGAAUGCAUCAAAAUUUCUGCAAAAUCCGGUCACAAUGUAGAGAAACUGUUUGAUCUAAUAAUAGAUCGGAUUCCACCGCCAAACUCACAUAGCGAUGCUCCUUUCCGCGCCCAAAUUUUCGACUCAAUGUUUGAUCAUUUCCGUGGUGCCAUUGCUUUCGUUCGAGUUGCGGAUGGUCGCAUACAAAGAGGGCAAAAAAUUCAAUCUUACCAUAAUGAUAGAGAGUACGAUGUUGUGGAGGUCGGAAUAAUGCGCCCGGAUAUGACGCCAUGUGCAGCGCUUAGUGCUGGCCAGGUUGGCUACGUCAUCUGUGGUAUGAAGACUGUCAAGGAAGCUACGGUAGGAGAAACACUGUUCUGCCCUCAAGAAAGAGAGUCUGUGGUGGCUUUUCCAGGAUUCAAACCGAUAAAACCAACGGUUUAUGCAGGACUUUUUCCGGUGGAGACAUCCGAAUACGACGACCUCAAGCAGGCUGUCGAGCGCCUCAGCCUGAACGACCCUUCAGUUGUGAUCAUUCCCGAUUCCAGUCCUGCGCUUGGCUUGGGAUGGAAAAUGGGUUUUCUCGGUGUUUUACACAUGGAAGUUUUUGGUGCUCGAUUGGAUCAGGAAUAUGGAACCAGCGUCAUUUUGACCCAACCAUCAGUAGAAUACAAAGCCAUCGUGAAGGACAGUGAGACCAUCCGCAAGAAACGUUUCGCUGGUAAAGGCGAGAUCAGUAUUAUCGAUGCUAGCAAAUUUCCGGAGGAGAGCGAUAUCGAGAAGUUCUUGGAACCUAUAGUUACGGUUCGCAUCAUUGUUCCGGCUGAAAUGAUGGGCGCAGUAAACGGCUUGUGUUCUGAAUGCCGUGGAGAACGUGGAGACGUGAGUUCGAUUGACGAGAGCAGGUUAUUGAUCGUCUGGAAAUUGCCACUUGCUGAAGUGGUCAUUGAUUUUUUCGAGCGAUUGAAACGAAUCACCUCUGGAUACGCAUCGUUUGACUAUGAACAAGACGGUUACAUCGAGACAAAGCUGAUCAAACUGACAUUAACUAUCAAUGGACGAGAGGUGCCCGAGUUCUCCCAAAUCAUUCCUGCAGCUAUGGCACAAGAACGAGCAAAGCUACUGGUGCAUCGCCUGAAAAGAGAAAUUCCACGACAGCAGUUCGAAGUCACGAUCAAAGGUUAA